UCCUCUGCGACCAACACCAACAUGUGUGCGAAACUGAUCCUCGUGGUGGGCGCCCUCGCGGCUGUGGCCUCCGCCGUCCCCCGUCCCGACUCUCCUCCCGUCUACGGCGCUCCUCACCCAACCUACAAGCAGCCAGGAAUGCCCUUCGAGUUCGCUUACGCCGUCAAGGACCCCUACUCGGGCAAUGACUACGCCCACGCCCAGACCAGCGACGGUCACGUCACCUCCGGAUCGUACAGCGUGGCUCUUCCCGACGGCCGAACCGAGAUCGUGGAAUUCACCGCCGAUCACGACAACGGCUACGUCGCCAACGUCGCGUACGAGGGGGAGGCCUCCUACCCCGCCCCUGCCCCCUCCUACCACCCCGCUCCCUCCUACCACGCCCCCGCCCCCUCCUACCCACCACCCACCACCUACCCACCUCCCCCACAUCAAUAAAACCCAUCCAUCCUCAGCGUGCAGGCGGCUCUGUCGAAAAAUCUAACGCCAAAGGAAGGACUUUCCAAGCUCAAGCCAUCAACGUUCACACAAAAGUCACAAGGCAAGCCAAGGCGCUUGCCAAACAGUACGCACCUCAUUACCUCCUGAAAGCCAAUGCUCGCUGACCCCUUCGCUCACUCGUCCUGUUUUUGUUUUCACGGGUGAGGCAGUCGGGGUCAGUAGGUUUUUCAGAUGUAAUCUUAUCCUCGUAAAUAAAA